ACCGUGUUCAGCAUGUUCAGUGCUCUCCGUGUCGCUUCUCGCCCUGGCCUCACUACUCUCCGUGUUGCUCGCACGACACCAGUAGCACUGAGUCCCAGAUUCCUUGCCCGAACGAUCGUCACUAAGAAGUUCACGAGCGACCAUGAAGCCGUCAUCUUCGACAGUGAUAACGCGGUCGGCACCGUGACUAUCACGAACUACGCUCAGUCAAGUCUUGGAGAUGUUGUUUUCGUGGAGCUGCCUGUCAUUGGCACCGAGGUCAAGCAGGGCGACCAGAUUGGUGCAGUGGAGAGUGUGAAGGCCGCAUCCGACAUUUACGCGCCAAUCUCGGGUACCAUCGAGGCCGUUAACGAAGAGCUCAACAAGCAGCCAGGGCUGCUCAACAAGUCACCUGAGGGUGACGGCUGGUUGUGCAAGAUCAAAGUCGCGGAUGAAGCGGAGCUCAAAAAUCUCAUGACGGAGGAGGCAUACCAAAAGCAUUGUGAAGAGUCAUAGGCCACGUCUUGGGAUUUCAUCUCGCUCAACGCGUUUCGGGGAUCUACGGGGGGCCUUCAACUGCUUCACUUUGCUUGUGUUUCUCUUGAGCUACGCGUAGAGUAAAAUAGAUAGUCUUGGCACAGUAGCAUAUCCCGCUGAUGCGUAAUGCAUGGGCUCAACACCCAGAGUUCGGGAUCAGAGAUAUUCGUCCGAGGGCAGCGUGUUAAAGGUGAAUAGGUACAUGAGUGGCAAUUAGGGAUAUUCUGUUUUCUCGCCUCUCGCCUCCAUCCGAGCCUUGGCUUCUUGUAUCGCCCAAGCCUGUACGCUAGUAUCAGGCUUGUAGUAUAGCAGGACGGUCGCCAACGCGAAAGUGCCGUACAUUCCAACAUACCACAUGUUCUCCCAAUCUUCCUUCUUGCGCUUCUGGCCUGGCGGUGGCGGCUUCUCGCCAAACAGCCAUCCAGAUGGCUCGUUGUACUGGAGUCCGUGGCCGUGCGACGCGUAACGUCUACUGCUAGCAGACAAAUUGCGAGACACGGGCCUCUUGGGCACUGCUCGCAGUAGAGAUGUCGAGGGCAUGA